AUGGUUGACAAGAAGCACGAAGAAAAGCUCGUUGAGUUCGAUGGAUUGUAUCCAGAGUUGCACAAAAAUCAGGAGGAGCUGGAGAAAAAGUUGAAAAUUGUUGACGACGAAGACGACUACAAAAAGCCAGAAAAGCCACUCAAAGAAGAGACGGAAUUGGUCGACUGGAAUCUCGUUAUGAAGGCCUCCGACUUCGCAGCACGUCGUCAUCGCCAUCAGAAGCGUAAGGAUAACGCGACACCAUACAUCAACCAUCCGAUCGGAGUAAUGUAUAUUCUGACAAAUGAGGCGAAAGUUUAUGAUCCAGUGACGUUGGCUGGUGCAGUUUUACAUGACGUUGUGGAGGAUACGAAGACUUCUUUGGAAGAGAUUCAGAAAGAGUUUGGAGAUGAAGUGUUGGAAGUGGUCAAGGAGUGUACAGACGAUAAGGCGUUGCCAAAGGCGGAGAGAAAGAAGUUGCAGAUUGAGAACUAUGGAAAGCAUAGUCAUAGGACCAAGCUAGUGCAUCUUGCUGACAAACUGUACAACUUGCGCGAUUUGGAACGUAAGGCUCCUAUCGGUUGGGACAAGAAACGUGUCAACGAGUACUUCAAAUGGAGUCGUGAAGUGAUCAGUCAGAUGAAGGGAACCAACGAAGCUUUGGAGUAUGCUCUUGAUGACGUCAUCAAUCGUCAUUUAGCUUAG